UCGCUCCUCCACGCGCCUGAUUGCGCCGAAGGGAUUUCGUCGCCGCCGGCUCCUCUCCCCUAGCCUGGCUGCCCGACACCCUCUCCCCUUGGAGGCUUUGGCAAUCCAAGCAGGAAGCGGCAUAGAUCCAUCACUCUUGCCACCAUCUUCUCCUGCCCGAUACCCUUUUCCGCCGACAACAAAGGCCGAAUGUAUAUAGCCUUGGAUGGUACACUCUUGGAUCCCGUUGCUCUCAUCAACGUUCUCCGUGAGCUCCGCAAGCAGUGCCUUGAAGUAUGCUUCGUUUUUAUUCUACUGCUACUACUGUUGUUUUUUUUAAAAAAAAAUUUUCCUUUUCCUCUGGAUUCCUAGCUUAAGUUAUGCUUCUGCUAUACCUGUUUUUCUUAGUUUUUUUUCCCUUUCCUCUCAAUGUUUAGCCUUGUUUAGUCACUCUGAAAGAAAGACCAUCAGUUCCUGCUGCUCGCUUUCACAUUGAUAAAUCUAGUUAGUCUGUUCUAGAACGAUCGGCCUGAUCUCAUAUAUUUUUUUAUCAGCCACUAAUCCCUCUGUUUGGAUGGGGUGAAGUAAAGUUCAUUAAUGGAAGGGGAUGGAAGGGAAAGAGAGGAGAAGGUAGGGAAAGUAAUAUAUUUAUCUUGUCUUUGUUUGAAAGGGAGGAAAAGUUUAAAGAGAUGGAAAUAAAGGUUAAAUAUAUAAAUUUAUAAAAAUAUCCUCUUAUUUUUUUUAAUAAAUCUGCAUGUGAAAAUAAAAAUAAGGAUAAAAUUGGGAUAAUUUUUUCUUACCCUUCCUUACACCCCAAUUUGGGGUGUAAGGAAUUUCGUUAAUUUCCGAGCAUGCAAGGGGAAGUUUUACCCUUCUCUCCCCUUCCCCUUCAUGGCUUAUUCUUUCCCAAACAAGUAUAAAAUUUUUUUUUACCUAUGUUUACCUUUUCCUCUCUUUUACUCACCUCCUCUCAAACAGAGGGUAAGUAAAUAGGGGAGUGGACGCAAUGAACAGUUUAAUUACACGUUUCAUUUUUAAAAAAAAAUUGUUUCAAAUACGACGUAACUAGUAGUUGAUUUUUUUUUUUCAUUUAAUUUGUUGAUGUUGAGUCGGAAGCCUAGUAUCGCCGGUUCACCUUCCUCAUAUUGUUUUAUUCUACGGAAGAAAUCUCCUCACAGAUUUCACCAGAUAUGAUACGUUGGCGGACGUUUACUCUCCUAUAAGCCAGUCGAUUCACGAGAAAUAAAGUCAAUGGAUCCACGAGAAAGAAGGCCCCGCGCCGCGCGCUGGCAUUAUUCAGCCGCCCAAUUAACCCAUCGGUUUCUAGAUCGUCAACCACCAGCGCGAUGCGGCCACGCCGCCUCUUGGGAGUCGCGAAGUCAGAGACUGUCAGCUUUCGCCACGUGAACUCGCACGGGAGACCACCCACGUGUCCGUCGCCCAUGGCCGAUCGACCUAGCUCGAUAGCUGCUGGUUUGGCCGGACCGGCCAACGACCAUUCACAUGCGAACGUGACGCCGCCUCGUUUACUUAAUUUUUGUUCUCUCAAUUGCUGGCUAUAAAUGCGCAGCUUCUUCUGGCCUUUACUCGUCCCGUGCAUCGCCAUUUUGUGACAUUAAUGGGUUGCUGGUCGCCGUUGGACGCCAUGGAAGCUUACAUGCGCACUCUUCGAUUGUGCGAGGAAUUCUACAAGUACUGCGAGGAGGAGGAGGAGGAGGAAGACGAAGGGGAGCCGAUUCCCAUGGAACCCAAGUGCGUGGAGUACAUAUCGGCCCUCGCGGCCGGCAACCGCGCCCGGCGCAUGGUGGACGUGGAGGACGGCGGCAUGUCGCCGUCCGUGCUGGCGCUGGCGGCGGCGGCCAGGCAGACGGGAGGCCGGGUCGUCUGCGUGCGCCGCGAGCGGGAGGCGGGGGAGCGGCUGGGGAGGCAGGUCGAGAGGCUGGGCCUGGCGGACGUGGUGGAGUGGAGGGUGGAGGGGAGGCCGAGGGAGUCGGUGGAGCAGAUCGGAGGGGUGGACUUCGCCGUGGUGGACGGCGGGAUGGGGGAAGAGGACUGCGAGGAGGCGGUGGCGGCGUUGGACGUGGGCCCGCGUGGGGCGGUGGUGGUGGUGAGCAAUCUGUUCGGUGGGGGGAAGUCGGGGGCGGCGGCGGAGGGAGGCCGACGGAGGGUGCAGAGGAGGGGGAGGUCGUCGGUGGUGCUGCCGUUCGGUGGAGGGAUGGAAGUGAUAAGAAUUGCUGGGAGCAAAAGGAGGACCUUUGUGGUGUACUAUGAAGACACGAAGACAAUAUGCUGCUGCAUCCCCGUGCUCGACUGCCAUGCAAAUGAUUCGGGGGUUCGAAAAUCCAAAUGCGUCAGGCACGGAGUCGCGUACGGGGAAUCAGAUAGCAUAAAAGAACUCUGCACGAAUAUUGUGUAG